UAGGAGAGUGGCUACCAGCUUCCUGUAAUUUCGCGGAGUCAGUCAGGUGCCACCUGAAGGGGAUGGAGGUGUCCGGGGUCUCUGGUGCUCGGGAACCUGACGAGAUCCGGCCUCUAAAGCCGUGUCUGCUGCGCCGCAACCACAGCCGCGAACAGCAUGGAGUAGCGGCCUCCUGCCUCGAGGAGCUGAAGAGCAAGGCCUGUGACAUUCUGGCCAUUGAUAAGACCCUUACACCAGUCACCCUGGUUCUCGCAGAGGAUGGUACCAUAGUGGAUGAUGACGAUUACUUCCUUUGUCUACCUUCCAAUACAAAGUUUGUGGCAUUGGCCUGUAAUGAGAAGUGGACAUACAACAACUCAGAUGGAGGUACAGCUUGGAUUUCCCAAGGGUCCUUUGAUGUAGAUGAAACAGACAGUGGGGCUCAGGCAAAGUGGAAGAAUGUGGCCAGGCAGCUGAAAGAAGAUCUGUCCAGUAUCAUCCUACUGUCAGAAGAGGACCUUCAAGUCCUCAUUGACGUUCCAUGUUCAGACCUGGCUCAAGAACUUUGCCAAAGUUGUGCCACCAUCCAAGGGCUCCAGAACACGCUCCAGCAAGUACUCGAUCAGAGAGAGGAAGCCCGCCAGUCCAAGCAGCUCCUGGAGCUUUAUCUCCAGGCUUUGGAAAAGGAGGGCAGCAUCUUGUCAAAGCAGAAAGAGCCUAUAGCUGCUGUCGGUGAAGAAGCAGAUGCAGUUGACACAGGCAUCAGGAGAGAGAGCUCCUCCGAAAUUGCACUUACGAGCCAGAUCCUUGCUGUACUGAAGGAAAGGCCUGCUCCAGAGCUGAGUUUAUCUAGUCAGGAUUUGGAGUUGGUUACCAAGGAAGACCCCAAAGUGCUGGCUGUUGCUUUGAACUGGGACCUAAAGAAGACAGAAAUGGCCCAGCAGGCCUGUAACGGGGAACUCACGCUGCGUCUGCAGCAGAUGCAGAGUUUACGAUCUCUCCGCCACCUUUCAGCCAGGAAGAAUUCACUGCCUGGGGAGCCGCUGAGUCCUAAACGAGCCAAACAAGACCCCACGUAGCUACAGCUGGAAACCUGCUGAGGAAAACCCCGUGGACUUGAUUUUUGUUGUCAGUAAACACCUUCAGCCUGAUUCUUUUAUUCCUUACAUUCUCCUCUGGCCCUUGCCUUCCAGCGUGUUCUUUUGGCACAGGCUGGAAGACUGGGUUAUUACCCCACCCCCAGAAAAGUUGCUCAAGAUCUCCACAUACCCUUCCACCUACUGCUAGUGCAGUUUAUCAUUCUUUCAAGUACAUGGUUAUGUUCUCUGUUUAAAAGUACUUGUUGGAGUUAGGGAUGUCACUCUGGUAAAGCACAUGCUUAGCAUGCAUGAGACCUAGGUUCAAUCCUUAGCACCCCAAAAAAUCAGUAAGAACAAGUACUUGUAAGGGCAGUGAAAAGAAGUUGUCCCAUUUUGGACUCACUGUCCUUGUUCUACAAGUAGAAUGGCAGAAUUUUAGACACAAGUAAUGUUACAGAAAGUGACUAAUGGAACGUUGAUUAGGCCACAGACUUGUUUGUCAAGUUAAUGAGUUUUGUUUGUCUAAAAGCACAUAUUAACUUUGCAGACCAUAGGGACAUACAGAAUCUAAUUCACCAUUUCUAAUAUCUAACUCAGUAUUGUGAAAUUACAUGUUACCACUAUGAAAUGCUUUUCGGUUUUCUAAUACGUUUUAUCAGCAGGGGGUAUAUAAGGUCAUUAAGUCUAUUUCCAUGGGCUGUGUCUCCAAGUCUCUCUGGAUGCACAGCAUAUCUGCUGUGCAUCUCCCGUUUCUGCACAGACUUGUUCUGCAAGUUUUGUCAUCUACCAUAUUAUCUCCUUGCUGGGAAAAGAUAGUUACUGGCUUUUUUGACUUUUUAUGCAUGCUUACAGGAAAAUAGAAUUCUCUUGAGAGAGACAUUUGCCAGUAUUUGUUUUGUGCCUGGGGAUUGAACCCAGGGCCUCCUAUACUAAGCAGGCGCUUAACCAUUGAGCUACACUCCAGCCCUGCAUUAGCUGUUAAACAAACAAAUGUAACAAUUACUCCUGGGGUAAAGCUGGGGUGCAGGAAACAAACAAAAAAAAGAAUUGUUUCCUUCUCCCAUCUUCAAUAAAGGCUCAGAUGUAUGUUUGUUUAUUUGUUUGGCAGUGGUAGAUGUUUGAACUCAGGACAUUGUGCUUAUUAGGCAGAUGCUCUACCACUUGAGCCACUCCUCCAGAGGGCUCACAUCUGUUCGGCAUUCUUUCAUUAAUGUUAUACCAUUAGUUGUCACUUGUUAGCCCCAACAUUUCCCUUUUUACAGCUUAUUUUGUA